AAAAGAACAGACACUCACUGAAAAGUCUGCAUUCCAUCCCUGUUCCCAAACUUCCAGUUCUCCCUGGAGAUAGUCACUAUAAACAUUUUCUUUUGUGUUCUUUCAGCUAGUUUUUCCUCUCUCUAGGUAUCAUUUUAAUAUAUUUUUUUAAUGUUUGUUUAUUUUUAAGAGAAAAAGACAGCGCAAGCAGGGAAGGGGCAGAGACAGACAGACAGACACAGAAUCUGAAUCAGGCUCCAGGCUCCAAGCUGUCAGCAUAGAGCCCAAAGCUGGGCUCGGACCCACCAACUUUGAAAUCAUGGCCUGAGCUGAAGUCAGAUGGUUAACUGACUGAGCCACCAGGCGCCCCUCUAGGUGUCAUUUUAAAGCUUUCCUUACAUAUAGCAUGCACAUUUCUUGUUAGAUUUGUGUCUAAGUGUUAUGGGCUGGAUUGUCUCCCCCCAAAAUUCAUAUUGAAGUCCUGCCCCCAAUACCUCAGAAUGUGACCAUAUUUGGCCAUGAGGCCUUUGUAAUUGAGUUAGAAUGAGGUCAUUAGGGUAGGCCCUAAUCCAAUAUGAGUGUUGUCCCUAUUAAAAGAGAUUACAACACAGGCACAAACAAAAGGAAGACUUGUGAAGAGACAAAGAGAAGACAAGGAGAGAGGUCUCAGAAAAAAUCAACUCUACUGACGGCUUGUCUCAGAUGUCUAGCCUCCAGAAUUGACAUUCUGGCGGUUAGAACAUGGCAACCAUAGAAGAAAUUGCACAUCAAAUUAUUGAACAACAAAUGGGAGAGAUUGUUACUGAGCAGCAAACUGGCCAGAAAAUCCAGAUCGUGACAGCACUUGAUCAUAAUACACAAGGGAAGCAGUUCAUUCUGACAAAUCAUGAUGGCUCUACUCCAAGCAAAGUCAUUCUGGCCAGGCAAGAUUCCACUCCAGGGAAAGUAUUCCUCACUACUCCAGAUGCAGCAGGUGUUAAUCAGUUAUUUUUUACAACUCCUGAUCUGUCUGCACAACAUCUCCAGCUCUUAACAGAUAAUUCUUCUCCAGACCAAGGACCAAAUAAGGUUUUUGAUCUUUGCGUAGUAUGUGGAGACAAAGCAUCAGGGCGUCAUUAUGGAGCAGUAACCUGUGAAGGCUGCAAAGGAUUUUUUAAAAGAAGCAUCCGAAAAAAUUUAGUUUAUUCAUGUCGAGGAUCAAAGGACUGUAUUAUUAAUAAACACCAUCGAAAUCGCUGUCAAUACUGCAGGUUACAGAGAUGUAUUGCGUUUGGAAUGAGACAAGACUCUGUUCAGUGUGAAAGAAAACCCAUUGAAGUAUCUCGAGAAAAAUCUUCCAACUGUGCCGCUUCAACAGAAAAAAUCUACAUCCGAAAAGACCUUCGAAGCCCAUUAGCUGCAACUCCAACUUUUGUAACAGAUAGUGAAACUGCAAGGUCAGCAGGACUGUUAGAUUCAGGAAUGUUUGUGAAUAUUCACCAGUCUGGAAUAAAAACUGAGUCAACUGUGCUGAUGACACCAGAUAAGGCUGAAUCAUGUCAGGGAGACUUAAGUACAUUGGCCAGUGUGGUUACAUCAUUAGCAAACCUUGGAAAAAGUAAAGAUCUUUCUCAGAAUAGUAAUGAAAUAUCUAUGAUUGAAAGCUUAAGUAAUGGUGAUACUUCUUUGUGUGGAUUUCAUCAAGAAAUGCAGACUAAUGGUGAUGUUUCAAGGGCAUUUGAUACUCUUGCAAAAGCAUUGAAUCCUGGAGAGAGCACAGCCUGUCAGAACGCAGUAGAAGGCAUGGAAGGAAGCGUACACCUAAUUGCCGGAGACUCAAACAUAAAUUACAUCGAAAAAGAGGGGCCACUUCUCAGCGAUUCACACGUAGCUUUCAGGCUCACCAUGCCUUCUCCUAUGCCUGAGUACCUGAAUGUGCACUACAUUGGGGAGUCUGCUUCCAGACUGCUGUUCUUAUCAAUGCAUUGGGCACUUUCGAUUCCUUCCUUCCAGGCUCUAGGGCAAGAAAAUAGCAUAUCUUUGGUGAAAGCUUAUUGGAAUGAACUUUUUACUCUUGGUCUUGCCCAGUGCUGGCAAGUGAUGAACGUGGCAACUAUAUUAGCAACGUUUGUCAAUUGUCUUCAUGGUAGCCUUCAGCAAGAUAAAAUGUCAACAGAAAGAAGAAAAUUAUUGAUGGAGCACAUCUUUAAACUACAGGAGUUCUGCAACAGCAUGGUUAAACUCUGCAUUGAUGGAUAUGAAUAUGCCUACCUGAAGGCAAUAGUACUCUUCAGUCCAGAUCAUCCAGGCCUAGAAAACAUGGAACAAAUUGAGAAAUUUCAGGAAAAGGCAUAUGUGGAAUUCCAAGAUUAUAUAACCAAAACAUACCCAGAUGACACCUACAGGUUGUCCAGACUACUACUUAGAUUACCAGCUUUGCGAUUGAUGAAUGCUACUAUCACUGAAGAAUUGUUUUUCAAAGGCCUCAUUGGCAAUGUACGAAUUGAUAGUGUCAUCCCACAUAUUUUAAAAAUGGAACCUGCAGAUUAUAACUCACAAAUAAUUGGUCACAGCAUUUGAAAUCUGAGAUAUCAGUGUAAACUUACUGUUCUUUCCUGGAACACAAAAUGACACCAAAUUAAACUAGUUACUUCCAGGGUAUCUGGAAAUUUUGACUUUAAAGAGUAACCAAAAACCAAGGUGUUUUUAUUUUAACUUCUUAAGAAUUUUUGAAGUGACUGGGCAGGUAUCAGGAAUCAAAAUUUCCUUUCCUGCCUUAUUUAAGUGAAUAAGAAAUAUUAUGAAUUUAUUCUUGGUUAAGAGGACACCUUAAGCUGUCACUUCUUGGCAUCUACACUAAGAUCUCUUAUUAUAUUUUAUCUUAUAAAGCAAAUAAAUUAGUCUUUUUUUUUCCAGAAUUGUGUUCUAUUCAUAUUUUUCAUUAUGAACUAGUACAAACACUUAAUUGUCAGAAAUACCUAAGGAGGAUUUCCUUGCAUUUUACUCUUAAUAUAUAAUCUGUUUUAAUUACCACGUAAAAGAAGAUUCUUUUAUUCUCAGUGACAUAAUGGUAACAUUAGAACCAUAGGAAAUAAUAACUGAAUAUAUAUAUUUUUUGUCUUUUGUAAAUAUUAUGGAACCUUUAGCAUAUACCACUCUCAUUGCUGGCAAUGAGACAUAGGCCAUUUAUGAUCUCAAGACUUUUUUUAGUGUUGUAUAUUAUUAGUUGCAAGCACUUUUUAUUUAUGUAUGUAGCAGAAAAUUGUUUUUGAGAAUGAGGUAGGGUUCAUGUUUUAAUAUUUUUGGUUUACUGCUAUGUUUUAAAGUAGUAGAGACUGAGCCCCAAAUGUUUCAGUAUUUCCAAAUGGAUAUUAAAAUUAUUGCUUUUCCAUUCCACAAACGGCAUUUGACUUCUCUCCCUCUUUCCUGACCUGCAUUAUAACUUCCUGACCCUUCCAUGAGUUUUAGCCAGUUUCUUUUAGGGCCUUAGAAAUACCCAAUUUGUUAAAUAAUGGAUUUCUCAUAGCCAAUCUGUGUUUUCAAGGUGAGUUAAACAAUUAUUUUAAAGCAAAUUGGUAAUUUUCAAAAAUUUACGUUUUUUAACAUGUAAAGGAAUAUGCACUGAUAUUUGAUAUUUCACCCUAAAGGAGGGAAAGCUAUUUUAACAAGAGUAUGCACAUCAACCUGAAGCCUUGUUGCCACAACAAAACCAUUUUAGACUCCCUGGAUGCCUUCCACAGUAAUGUUUUCCUCAGCAAACCUGAUUAACUGUUAAAUCUCUCCUUGCUCUGAUUGUCAUAAUGAAUUUUGGUUUAUCUAUUUGUUGAUUUUUUAAAAAUAUGGAGAUUUUAUUGCACUCAGAGUACAUUUUUAUAAAGAUUUUUACAACAGAAGAAAAGCUGAAUUUAGGGGAGGAUGUGGAUUUUACUAAUUGUUACUUUAUAGUAAAUCAGAAGUUUAAAAGUAUCAACUUUCAGUCUUUACCAACUUAUUAAGGGAAAUUUUUUCCCCUAUUUUAAAUGUAAUUUUUAUCAACAGUUUUAUUUAUAAUUAUCAGCUGGGAAAAACUACAUUUAGUAUAAAAUAUUCAAAUGGAAAAAUCAGUAGGUUUAUAUCUUUAUAAACCCAUUGAAGUAAGCCAAGGAUUCAGGAAAAUAAUUCUUUAAAAUAAUAUACUAAUGGUUAAUUAAGAUACAUUUUUCUUUCAGGUAUUUUUCUUGAAUAAAUUUGUAGUUAUAUUUGGAAGUAUUUUUAAAACUCUAUUAAAAUGUGACCAUUAAAAAUGUCGAUUUAUUUGAUUUCAGAGUGUUUGGUCAUCCAUUUGUUUGUUCUGUUAAGAAAUCUCUAACAGAAUUUAUUAAAGUACUUCUAGGAAGGGAAAUGCAUGGAAAACAUUUCCAUAUCCAAUAUUUUAGGAUUAUUUACAACUCAGUUUGAAGACUUUCAGCUAAAACUGCAGAUUAACUAUUAAUUUAUUUUCUCUCCUGAAGUCUUAGUAAAAUAACACAAUGUGAAAAGUGUAACCACACAAUGAGAAAUGAAACAGGAAACAAGAAAUCAAAGGAAAGCAAAUUCAGUAAAUUCUUAGAAAACAAAAUGGAGGUAGAGAGAGACUAACUGACUUAUUAGCAGAGCCGGAAUCAAGGAAGCUCUAAUCAGAGUGCCUGCAAAAGGCAGUUCACUGAGAAAGAUGCCAGUAGCCAGAAAAGAUGCUCGGUAUCUGGAAGAACUGGUGUUCAUAUUCAGAGAUGAUGCUUGGGACAUUAAAAAAAAAGAAAAAGAAAGAAAAGAUUGGUUGCAGGUCUGUGUACAGAAUUAUUGAAUUAUCUUUUUAUACCCUCAGGUCAAGUGACCACUUUUGUCCUUCCAGCUUUUUGAGCAGGAGGCAGAGGUUAAUUCUCUUUAGAAAUGAACUGGAAGAGCCGAGGAUUUCCAGGCUACCAGGGAUAACAGCUUGGAUUAGUUAUAUUAAGGGUUGAAAAUACAGAUUAAGUGAAAAUCUGCAUUCUGAAUAUGGGCUCCCUAAUCAUGUUCCCACAAUGCUGGCCAUUGGAAUAGGCUUCUCUGCCAGGAUUUUUUUUUCUUCAGAGAAAUUAAUUGGCCUUAGAGAAAAGAUCUCCAGGUACUCACUUUUGGUUGUACCUUGAUGAAAAGCCUCUUUGCUACUUUAUCACUCUUCAGUGAAGCCAACUAAUUUCCAAAUUAUAUAUAUGUAUAUAUAUAAACAUAUAUACACACACAUAUAUACAGACAUACAUACAUAUACGUAGGGUUUCUGUUCAGGUCUUUAGUGCCUACUAUUAAAUAUGAACUUAGAACCAGGAUCACUAGAUAAUUGAGGAAAAUCUCCAGUACCUAAAAGAACAGACAUUCUUAGGUCCCAGGGGAGGCAAAUAUAAUCCAGGGAUCAGAAAAAUAUCCACCUCCAGGGGCGCCUGGGUGGCUCAGUUGGUUAAGCAUCUGACUUCAGCUCAGGUUAUGAUCUCACUGUUUGUGAGUUCUAUGCUGACAGCUCAGAGCCUGGAACCUGGUUCAGAUUUGUGUCUUCCUCUGUCUCUGCCCCUACCCUGCUCAUGCUCUGUCUCUCUCUCUCUCAAAAAUAAACAUUAAAAAAUUUUAAAGAAAAAUAUCCACCUCCAGAGGUAAUAUUUUGAAAGAUGUUGUAUCCAUUAAAUGAGAACAGGAUGCUUUGAAAAGGGAAAUUUGGUCUGUGUGUCCUCUCUCUCUGCCCCUCCCCCGCUCACACUCUCUCUUUCUCUCAAAUAUGAAUAAACAUUAAAGAAAAGGGAAAUUUGGGGCAAGUAACUGUCCCUGGAAAUUAAAAAUGAUAGCCAAAGUGAUUCAUUAGAAGGGUUGGAAGAUAAAGUUUUUGAGAAACUCCCCCUGAAAGUAUAACCAAAAGAUAAAGUAAGAAAAAAUAAAAUUAGAGAAUCAAAUCAGGAGGCCUAACAUUUUAUAAUAACAAGAGUUAAAGAAAACAAAGGCUUGAGGUAAGGAAAUUAUUAGAUAAUACAAGAAAAGGUCCACGAAGGGAUAUGUGUCUCUAGGUUGAAAGGAUCCACGCUUUAAAUGAAAAAGAUCCUUACUGUCUUAAUAUCAGAACAAUAUAGUCAGAGAAGAUACCAUAUUGCUGCUUCUAGCAAUAUAGUGGAAUCAGUAGGUACCAUGAAGGCCUUUGAUCUGUUGCUGGGCUCAUGAGUCUGACAUGAGUUUUCAAAGAAGUCUAAAGUUGGUGCAGGUCCUGAGUUCUGCCCCUCACCCCCUACCCCACUCCCUGUUCUGACAGAAGCAAAUACACAUCUUUUCUGGAAAAAGUAUCCAUAAUUUUUUUUUAACAUUUAUUCUUCAGAGACCGAGUGUGAGUGGGGGAGGGGCAGAGAGAGAGGGAGACAGAAUCUGAAGCAGGCUCCAGGCUCUGAGCUUUCAGCACAGAGCCCAACAUGGGGGCAUGAACUCCCCAACCACGAGAUCAUGACCUGAGCCAACAUUGGACGUUUAAGUGAGCCACCCAGGCCCCUCCCCCCAAAAUAUCCAUAAUUUAGAUCAGAAGUUGGCACACUUUUUUGUGAAGGGCCAGGAAGUAAGUAUUUGUUUUACUUUGUGGGCCAUCCUGUGUCUAGCAACUAGUCAACUCUGUUGUGCAAAAGCAGCUAUUGAUAGUCCAUAAACGAAUGGGCCUGGCUGUAGUGUGGUAGAACACUUAAAAAGCAGGUAAUGGACCAAACUUGGCCCUUGGGGCAUAGUUUGCUGACCCGUAAUUUAGAACCUCACCCCUAAUUAAGCUCACCCAUAUAUGAGAUGACAAAAUUACCAAACACAAGGAAACAAGCCACUUGAACAAGUCAGAGAUAAGCAACACACAUAGACCCUGAAAGACAGUAUGAGAUACUAAAAUUGUCACAUCCAGAUUAUAAUUAUGAUAGGUUUUAAGGGAAAAAAAAAAAUAGGACCAAAAAGUAAGCAAGAAAAGGGAAUAGCAAAAAAGACCAAGUAAAUUAUAAAAGCAAGCCAAAACAAUAUUUAGAAAUGAAAAACAAAUUUUAAAAAUCCAUUGUGGAAGAUCAUGCCUCCAACACAUACAUUUAAUUCUAACUCCCUUAGACAUCAUUAAAACAGCCAAAAGUUUGUUCAAGGCAUUAUAAAGACAAAAAUAAUGGGAGAGAAAUAAAUGAAAGCCACAAAAUUUUGAAAGCUGGAAAACACAUUAGUGGUGAUCAUUUUAGCAAACCUGAGAAGGCUGACUUAGCCUACAGUAGAGAAAGCUGAGGAGCAGCCUGAUUUGCACCACACAUCCUCCAGAAUGCUCUAGGAUUUGCAGCAUCUGCUUGGGAAGGGGAAAUAAGAGAUUAAAAGUCUGUUAAAGAGGCAGAAACACUGGAAUGAUAGAAUUUGAAGUUGAAUUACCACGUGCAGAGUAUGUGAAGCAACAGGAUGUGUGUUGAAGGUGGGAGUGUCUGUUGAUAAUAACCAUCUCCAGAAGGUAAAUUUACAUUACAUUGUAAAGUAUGUGCACAUAUCUGCUUAUUUACCCUACAGAAGCUCUUGUACAUGUGCCAGGAGGCAUACUAAAGUCUUCACGUCUGCACUGUAAAAGCAAAAAAAAAAAAAAAAAAAGAAAAACUGUCCAAAUACCCAUUGACAGGAGAAUGAAUAAGUAAAUUGCAGUGCAAACACCCAAUGGCCUAUUAUGUAACGCACAAAAAGGAACAAAAUACCAGUGUCAAUGAAUCCCAAAAGUCAUGUACAAAAAAGUAAGCCCAAAAGUAUGAUUUAACCUGUUUAUUGAAAACAGGUAAAUACAAUAACAUUGUUGAGAGUUACUGAUAUAUGUAGUGAAAUUAACUUAAAAAACAAAGGAAGGGCACCUGGCUGGCUCAGUUGGAAGAGCGUGUGACUCUUGAUCCUAGGGUCCUCAGUUCAAGCUCAAUGUUGGGUGUAGAGAUUACUUAAAUAAAACUUUUUAAAAAAUCAAUAAAAAGUGAGGGAUUAUUAGUACUUAGUUUUUUUAAGCUUAUUUAUUUUGAGAGUGAGAGAGAACACAAGCACUGGAGGGGCAGAUAGAAUCCCAAGCAGGUUUUGGCUGUCAGCCCAGACCCUGCUGCAAGGCUCCAACUCACGGACUGUGAAAUCAUGACCCGAGUUGAAACCAAGAGCCAGCUGCUUAACCUACUGAACCACCCAGGCACCCCUAUUAGUACUUAAUUUAGAAUACUAGUUACUUCUAGAGGAUUAGGAAGAAGAUACAAACGAGGAACAUACAAGGGGCUUUCAAAGUAUUAAUAGUGUUUAAUUCUCUUGCUUUGUAACAAACCACUCAAACUUAGUGAUUUAAAAUACUUGUUAUGCUUAGGAAUCUACAAUGAGGUCAGAGCUUGGCAUGGACCACUUUUCUGCUCCAUUACAGUCACAGCUGGGUCAGCUCAAAGGGCAGGGGUUGGAAUUUUUGGAAUCACACACAUCUGGAGGUUGAUAGUGGCUGUUGUGCAGGAGUGGCAAACAUCUGGAAGAGCAUGCAGAACCAGAAAUGUUGCAGCCAUUCUUGAGAAAGGAUAUAGCUCAGCAGCCUCAGAAGCCCAGUGUAGAGAAGAGCCCAUCUUGACAAGAUUUCCUGAUGGGUCUUUGUCUCAUAGAGUUGUUCAUAAAUUGAUACAUAAGAAACAAUAAGAUACCUAGGAAUAAACUCCACUAAAGAGGUAAAAGAUCUAUAUUCUGAAAACUAUAGAAAUUGAAGAGGGCACAAAGAAAUGGAAAAGCAUUCCAUGGUCAUGGAUUGGAAGAACAAGCAUUGUUAAAAUGUGUAUACUACCCAAAGCAAUCUACACAAUUAAUGCAAUCUCUUUCUAAAUACCACCAGAGCUAGAACAAACAAUCCUAAAAUCUGUAUGGAACCACAAAAGACCCCAAAUAGCCAAAACAACACUGAAAAAGAAAAAACUAGAGGCAUCAUGAUUUCAGAUUUCAAGCUAUAUCACAAAGCUGCAGUCAUCAAGAUAGUAUGGUACUGGCACAAAAGCAGACACAUAGAUCAAUGGAAUGGAAUAGAAACCCCAGAAAUGGACCCACAACUAUAUGGUCAACUCAUUUUUGACAAAAAGGAAAGAAUAUCCAAUGGAAAAAAGUCUCUUCAACAAAAUGGUGUUGGGAAAACUGGACAGCGACAUGCAGAAGAAUGAAACUGGACCACUUGUGGGGUGCCUGGGUGGCUCAGUCGGUUAAGCGGCAGACUUUGGCUCAGGUCAUGAUCUCACAGUCCGUGAGUUCGAGCCCCGCGUCGGGCUCUGUGCUGACAGCUCAGAGCCUGGAGCCUGUUUCAGAUUCUAUGUCUCCCUCUCUCUGAUCCUCCCCCGUUCAUGCUCUGUCUCUCUCUGUCUCAAAAAUAAAUAAACGUUAAAAAAAAAAAUUAAAAAAAAAA